AUGGCGCUCCACACGUCUCUGCUGCUGGUGCUGGCGUGCAUGGUGGGGGUCGUGCUGGCGCAGACCUUCCAGUACUCGCACGGCUGGACCAACGGCCGCAAGAGGUCCGGCGGCUCGCCGAGGCUCGAGGAGCCCGUGGUGGAGAGGGCGGAGCCCCGGGAGGGCGACCCCGACCCCUGCCAGGCCGCCUGGGUCAAGUACGUGGUGGCGGAGCGCGACGGUCAGCAGAUGUACAUCCCCUGCAUGCUGUGGCGGAACCUGAGGGAACAGUAG